GCAGCGCGCAGCAUCCCGAUCCAGCACCGCUGCUCCCCGCACCUCGAGUAGCGUCCCCCCCUCGCCGGAGAAGCAGCAAGAUGGCCGGCAGGAAGGGCGUCGCGAGGAAGAAGGCGGUGACCCGCUCCGUCAGGGCCGGACUCCAGUUCCCCGUCGGCCGGAUCGGGCGCUACCUCAAGAAGGGCCGCUACGCGCAGCGCGUCGGCUCCGGCGCCCCCGUCUACCUCGCCACCGUCCUCGAGUACCUCGCCGCCGAGGUCCUGGAGCUCGCUGGCGACGCGGCCAAGGAAACCAAGAAGGCCCGCAUCAUCCCGCGCCACCUGAUGAUCGCGGUCCAGGGCGACCCGGAGCUCAGCCGGCUGCUCGCCGGCGUCACCAUCGCCUACGGCGGCGUGGUGCCCUACAUCAACUCCGCGCUGCUCCCCAAGAACGGCGCCGGCGCCGCCGGGAAGGAGCCCAAGAAGAAGGCCGCCGCUACCAAGUCCCCCAAGAAGGCCGCAGCCACAAAUUAAGGAGUAGCUGUCUGCAAUUGAUAUUGUGAAUGAUCGCCACCUGCUUUUGCUUCUGAACAUUUGUCAUCUGUAUGGACUUCUCUCUUCCAUCAUCUGAAAAUCCCCCCGCUCUUUGCUCACCGAAACAAACAGGGUAGUACUCAAUUUCAGCCCCUCCUCUUAUGUUAUGUCAAUCACACAAAUAAUAGACCUAUCAAGCUGCAGGAAA